GUAAGAGAAGACCAAGAUGGACCCGAUGAGCCCCAACCUCACCAACACGUCCCUGCUGCCGAACCGGACGGACCGGCCCGAGCUGACCCCGGCUGACGUCACCAUGCAGCUGGUGUUCGGCUCGAUGAUGCUGGUCUUCGGGCUGAUCGGAGUCGUCGGGAACGCCGUCGCCUUGUACGCCUUCUGCAGAUCCCGAAGUCUGCGACGACCCAAAAACUACCUGAUCGCGAACCUGUGUCUGACGGAUAUGGUGAUUUGCCUGGUGUACUGCCCUAUCAUCGUCACUAGGAGUCUCAGUCAUGGCUUGCCAAACAACGAAAGCUGUAUCGUGGAGGGUUUUGUGGUGGGACUCGGCAGUAUCGUCAGCAUCUGCAGCCUCGCCGGCAUCGCUUGGAAGCGAUACCUCACCAUACCCAACCCAAUCAAAUCCCUGUCCAUUCUGACGCACCGUGCUCUUCUCGGGGCCGUCUCGGCCGUCUGGGAAUACGCCUUUCUUCUUGUAUUCCCUCCGCUGGUCGGCUGGGGACGCUUCGUGAGCGAGGAGUCGAAGAUCAGCUGCACCUUCGACUACAUGUCCACAGAUGACGCCACCAGAGCACAUGUGAUCUUCCUUGUGAUUGGUGCGUUCGGACUCCCGUUCGCCGUGAUUGCCUAUUGCUACAUCCGUUCCUUUGCCGCCGUCCGGAAGUGCACGAAGGAAAGAAAACAGAUGUCCCUCUGGGCAAAGUCAGAUUCAAGGUCAGAGGUCAAAGCAGCAGUAAACGCUUUCGUCAUCACUACGUCAUUCUGCCUGUGUUGGUGUCCCUACGCUGUGGUGGCGACCAUGGGGGUAUCAGGUUUCACUGUUCACAGCCACGCCGUCUUCAUAGCCGCCCUCCUCGCCAAGCUGUGCGUGCUCUUCAACCCAGUCGCUUACGUUCUGUCCAUCCCAAGUUUCCGUAAAGCGCUUUUCUCCUCCUCAAACGAUCGGACAAAAUAUCAGACCGCGUUUACAUUUGAGGGUUUGGUGAAGAGCCCACUGAUGGCAAGAAAACGGGAGUUUAAGUCGCUUGACGGAUAUCGGAGCAGCAUCGUGAACAGUAACAUAGAAUCCAUAGAAUUGGCUGUACCGUACUCCGCAUCGCGCGAGUCGUGCCUGCUCAGCCGGGCUGCCACGGAACGGCUGGCGGGGAGAAGCCCGUCUCUCACCGACAUCGUGGGGGAGUUUGGGCUGCAUCAUCGAGAAACCUGGGUGUGA